AACCUCAUGUCAACAAGUCAAGAUGACCGAGAUUUUGAAAUUGGCAAUUUACCUGAAGGUUUGAAUGUAACUGAAUCCACAGGAGCACCCAGCCAUUUGCAUACAAAUUCACUUGACUUGAAACAAGAUAUUGAACAAUUUGGAUUAGCUGAAAAGGCCUAUCGUAUUUUAGAACUUGGAGCAGGUACAGGUUAUGUAGGUAUCGCUUUAGCUCAACAGCUUCAAAAGCCAGCUCAAGUCUAUAUUACAGAUUUAGAAAAAGUAGUACCCUUAAUACAAGAUAAUGUUCACAUUCAUUAUUAUUCACAACAACAGUAUAACACAUCCUCCGCGGCAGAAAUCAUUGUUGAUCGUCUUCAUUGGGGGAAUCAUCAAGAUGCUCAACGCUUACUUCAAAGGGCAGGUGGCCAUUUUGAUUUGAUUGUCGUGAGUGACUGUGUCUAUUUCCCAGAAUUAUUUGGCAUGUUAUUAGAGACUUUAUUAGAUGUUUGCGGAAGUGAGACGAAAAUUGUGAUUGGUUAUAAGACACGAUCAUUAGAGAAGGAAGUUGGCUUUUGGCAGGAUUACUUUGGAAGAUAUUUUGAAUAUGAGCCAGUGCGUAAGAUAGAAAAGAGAGUAGUAAAAGAAGAAGAAGGAGAAGAUAAUAAUGAAAUAAGGGAAGAGAUUGGUGAUUGUUUAGGAGCAGAAGAUCAGCUUUAUGUCUUUAUUGCUAAACGUCGACCAGAAAACGAACAAUUUGCUCCUUAUAUUGACGAAUAUACUCAAGUCUUGACUGAAUUACAUGAAGCCUUUUAUAAAGAUCAACCUGAUGAUGUAUUACAAUACUGUGCCAAUUUCUUUCAUAAAAAACUAGAAGAGCAAAGGGGUUUACAUUUUCGUGAACAGUAUGAUUUAUUUGAAAUAGAACAACAUCCUCUAGUAAAUAAACAAAACGACAGUUUUACAAAAGAUAUGGAUGACAAUUCUGAUAAUGACUAUCUAUCGUUUGAAGAAGAAGAAGAAGAGGAAGGUGAUAAUGAUAAUGAUGAAGAGAAUGAUUAUUUCUCGGCAGUGACUCCACUUUCAACUAUUUCUAAAUAUACAAAUCGAGGCCGUCGAACGUCAGUCAGUGCUGAAUCCAUCACACCUUCUUUUACUGCUACUGAUACUAUGAUGACUAAAAAAAAAUGGAUUCCUAAAACGGAUUCCCAAUUACACGCCAUUCAAGAAAGUGUCCGUCAUAACUUCCUUUUUAAAAAUCUAGAUGAAGAGCAUUAUGAAGACGUUAUGAAUGUGAUGGUUGAAAAGCAAGUUGAAUCAGGUACAGUUGUGAUUGAACAAGGAGCGACGGGUGACUAUUUUUAUGUGGUUGAAGAGGGACUUUUAGAAUGCUGGAUUGAUCAUCAACAAAUAACCUCGUAUCAUGCUGGUGGAAGCUUUGGAGAGUUAGCUCUCAUGUAUAACGCUCCACGCGCGGCUACGAUUAAAGCUAUCACAGACUGCGUAUUAUGGGCCCUAGAUCGUGUUACGUUUAGAACAAUUUUGAUGGAAAAUACAUGCCGAAAAAGAAAGAUGUAUGAAAUAUUUUUAGAAGAGGUACCCUUGUUAAAAUCAUUAGUAUCUUAUGAAAGACAUAAGAUUGCAGAUGCUUUAGAGUCAGUCUAUUUUAACGAUGGAGAGAAUGUGAUUUUAGAAGGUAACAGUGGAGAUCAAUUCUACAUUAUUGAAUCCGGUAUUGCUAUUGUAUAUAAAAAUAAUGAAAAUGAACAAAAAGAAGUCGAACAAAAAGAAGUGAAUCAGUUAGAAAGAGGUGCUUAUUUUGGAGAGUUGGCUCUAUUAAAUGAUAGCCCAAGAGCAGCUACAGUAAUUGCUAAAGGAAAAUUAAAGUGCGCAACAUUAAGUAAAAAAGCAUUUACACGACUUUUAGGUUCAGUUCAUGAAAUAUUAAAAAGAAAUUCAGAAAACUAUCAUGCAAUUAUCAGUCAACAAGAAUCAUAAAAUAUUAGAUGCAUACUACAAUAAAAAUAUCUGUUUUGUCUCCUUUUUUCCCUUCCUCCUUAAAAAUUAAGUAUAAAAAUACACCUCCC